CCUUUCCAAACUACUUCUUCAUAUAAGUUCCAUAUCAAGUGCUGCAACAUAGAGGCCUGGUGUCCGUGCAUGCCCGCAUACCGAGAUAGCUUGAAAGAUAAUCUAGGGCUUAGAUAUACCACGCCUGGCUGAUAGCGAUAACGAUAACGAUAACUUGCAUUGAAUUGUUGGUGUAAAUCCAUUGUUUGGGCUGUCUGUCAACAUGUCUGAUCCCACAGGUCUACCCGAGGGCUGGGAAGUGCGCCACUCGAACUCGAAAAACCUCCCAUAUUACUUCAGUGCCGCCACAAAAGAAUCCCGCUGGGAACCGCCAGCGGGGACAGACACCGAAAAGCUGAAGGUAUACAUGGCUACCAACCAUAGUGGCCCGGCUGGCAUCGCCGGUUUACCAGCCGAAGGCAAGAUCCGCUGCGCCCAUCUCCUCGUCAAGCACCGUGACAGCCGCCGCCCCAGCAGCUGGCGGGAGAGCGUCAUCACGCGGUCCAAGGAAGAGGCAAUUGAGAUACUCCGUGGCCACGAGCAGAGGAUCAAAUCAGGCGAAGUGCGGUUAGGCGAUCUGGCCGUGUCCGAGUCUGACUGCAGCUCAGCGCGCAAGAAGGGUGAUCUUGGGUUCUUUGGUCAUGGCGAGAUGCAGAAGGAGUUUGAAGACGCUGCGUUUGCGCUCAAACCCGGCGAGAUUAGCCCCAUUGUUGAGAGCGCUUCGGGGGUCCAUCUCAUCGAGCGGUACGUUGACCGUCCUGAAGAUUGGCUUCAACCGCACCGGAACUGACUGGUGAAAAAGUAUUCAGUGAUAUGUGCCGAAUCAUCCGGGCUCAAUAAAGAGUAUCCGUGUGCUUCUAGCUGAUUUGCUCGCGCUCGAGCAAUGGAAAAAUACCGGGAAAAAAUGGUGAUUUUGGAGGUGUUUAUCAGGUUGAACAUGUACUCUCACUUGGUAUGGAUUAAUUGUGUCCAGGUUUUGGUUUGUAGAAGAUCAAACCAAAAGUAUAGUCCAAAAUAGACAGGCUAUUGAAUCAGCAAGUACUAGCUGAUAAUUGUAGUGGUCUCAUUCUUAGCGUUCAUCAGAUACGUAGCUAUUUACUCAAAUUAUAGUAUACGAUCACUACACUCA